GCUGCCCGGGACCGCCCGGCAACGGCCCCGCGCGAGCCCGGGGACAGCCGGGAACGUCACCUGCUGAGCGAGAUGGCCUCGCUGAGCGUAAAGCCGGGCCAGCGGUUCACCCUGCCGGACUGGCAGAACAACGCCCACCGCAUCUCGGCCGAUGCCGAACACCAGCGUUCUACUUCCCACCAAAUCCGGCAGGAAGCACGAGCUCUCCGCAACGACACCGGCAACCAGGCGAAAUGGGAUGAGUGUGACACCCGAACCCGCCUGAAGGAUCGUAUUACCAGCGUGGACAGAUGGAGAGAGGUCCUGGCCAGAUGCCUCACAGACAUAGACUUGGAAAUCGAUGCCUUAACCAAAGUGAAGGAGGCAGCAGAAGAUGCCCUCCAGGCAAAGAACUUGUGUUUGGAUGUUGCCAUCGAGUGCCUGACGUUCCGCGAGAGCCGCCGCGACAUCGACGUGGUGAGGGACCCUGUGGAGGAGGAGCUGCACAGGGAGGUGAAGGUGAUCGAGAAAGCCAAGAAGGAGCUGCAGCAGCGAGUGGACGAAGCCUUCACACAGCUCUGCCUCCUGAAGGAAGCUCGGCAGCAGCUGAACUGUGACCACCGGCACAAGGUGGAGGCGUUGGAUCUGGAUCGGCAGUGCUUGUCCUUCAACGUCACCUCCGGCAACAUCUCCUUCAAGGUCAACCCAACGCGGAUCCCAGACGGAACAACUGCACUUCGUGAGUGGGAACUGAACAGCCAGUGCAACAAGGAUCGUGCUGAUGCAGAAAUGAAAGCCUCGAUUGACCUCCGAGGAGCCAUCAUGCUCACCAUUGCCCAGACAAACAAUGAGCUGGAUGCUCAGCGGAUAGCUACGGAGUUUGCCUUGAGGAAGAGGAUUAGAGACAUGGAAGGAGCCCUUAGUGAACUGAGAUGGCAAGAGAAGAAUACCUUGGAGGAAAUUGCUGAGAUGGAGGAGGAAAUCCGCUGUGGAGGUUUUGGUUGGAAAGGACCUUAA